AUCGUAACAUUAGGGAUUACACUUUUUGACAGCUUAGGCUGAUCAAUAUUUGUCCCCACCCUACCCUAUCGAGGCCAGUAGUAUAUAGUACAACAAUGAAUCCUCUGUCCGGUUCAUCUUCCACCAUCUCGUGUUUCUCCACCCAAUUACGCAGUCUCGCGCAAGUUCUGCUCUCCGGCCGAGCAGGCAGCCGCCUCCGCCGCGUCCUCCCGGCUGCCCACGCCCGCGCCAUCAUCUCCGAUGGACUUGGCUUCCUGUUUCUCGCGAACCUUCUCCUCGACGGUUACUCUAAGCUCGGCCGCAUCCACGACGCGCGCCGCCUGUUCGAUGGAAUGCCGCACCGGAACCUCGUGUCCUGGUCGUCAGCCAUCUCCAUGUACGCGCAGCACGGCGCCGAUGGCCAAGCCCUUGCCCUGUUUGCAGCCUUCAGGAGAUCCUCUGACGAGGCACCCAACGAAUUCGUUCUUGCCAGCGUCGUGCGGGCCUGCAUGCAGUCCAGGGAUGUUCCUUUUGGCGAGCAAGUGCAUGGAAAGAUCAUUAAUCUUGGCCUGGAUGUCAAUCUCUAUGUUGGCACUGCACUCGUCAACCUAUAUGCGAAGGUUGCCUGCAUGGAUGCGGCCAUGCGUGUGUUCCAUGCUCUCCCAACAAAGAAUCCGGUUACUUGGACAGCAAUCAUCACUGGUUACUCUCGGAUUGGCCAUGGAGAACUAGCCCUGGGCUUGUUUCAAACGAUGGUCGCUCAAGGCGUCCAGCCUGACAGGUUUGUGUUAGCAAGUGCUGUCAGUGCCUGCUCUGCACUUGCCUUUCUACAGGGAGGCAGGCAAAUACAUGGCUACGCUUAUCGAAGUGCAGCAGAAGUGGAUGCUUCCGUGAUCAACGCGCUCAUAGAUUUGUAUUGCAAGUGCUCCAGACCGUUAGUGGCUCGUAAGCUAUUUGAUCGAAUGAAGAAUCAUAAUCUCGUGUCUUGGACUACAAUGAUUGCUGGUUAUAUGCAGAAUUCACUUGAUGCUGAAGCCAUACAGAUGUUCUGGCAGAUGUGUCAGGCUGGAUGGCAGCCAGAUGCUUUUGCCUGUACAAGUAUCUUGAAUUCGUGUGGUUCAAUGGAAGCUAUUUCACAAGGAACACAGAUACAUGCCCAUGCCAUAAAGGUUAAUCUGGAGAAUGAUGAGUAUGUCAAGAAUGCUCUCAUUGACAUGUACGCUAAAUGUGCCCAUUUAACUGCUGCAAGAGUGGCAUUUGAUGCCUUGGCGCAUGAUGACGUAGUCUCUUACAAUGCGAUGAUCGAAGGCUAUGCAAGGCAAGGUGAUCUUACAGAAGCAGUUCAUAUAUUCCGUAAAAUGAAAUAUUACUCCAUAAGGCCAAACCUACUAACCUUUGUUUCACUCCUUGGGAUGUCAUCACUUCUAUCAUCUAUUGAAUGGAGUAAGCAGAUUCAUGGUCUCAUCAUCAAAUCAGGAACUUCAGUCGACCUCUAUGUGGGAAGUGCUCUAAUCGAUGCAUAUUCAAAAUCUUCCCUUGUGGAUGAUGCCAAGGCUGUGUUUUUUAUGAUGCAAAACAGGGACAUGGCCAUCUGGAAUGCUAUGAUAUUUGGCCACACACAGAAUGAGCAAGGGGAAGAGGCAGUAAAACUCUUCAACCAGGUUCGUGUCUCUGGGAUGACACCCAAUGAGUUCACGUUUGUAGCACUAGUAACUGUGGCGAGCAACUUGGCAAGCAUGUUUCAUGGGCAGCAGUUUCAUGCCCAGAUCAUCAAAGCAGGUUGUGACAUUAAUCCUCAUGUUUCAAAUGCUCUUGUAGACAUGUAUGCAAAAUGUGGCUUCAUUAAAGAAGGAUGGAUGCUGUUUGAGUCAACAUGUGGGAAGGAUGUUAUUUGUUGGAACUCCAUGAUUACUAUGUAUGCACAACAUGGUCAUGCUGAAGAAGCCCUUUGUGCUUUCCAGCUGAUGAGAGAGGCCAAAGUAGAACCAAACUAUGUGACUUUUGUUGGUGUGCUAUCAGCAUGUGCUCAUGCAGGCCUUGUGGAUGAAGGCUUACACCAUUUUAACUCUAUGAAAUCAAAAUAUGGUAUUGACCCGGGCACUGAGCAUUAUGCUUCAGUGGUCAAUCUCCUCGGUCGUUCAGGGAAAUUACAUUCUGCUCAGGAGUUCAUUGAAAAGAUGCCAAUCAAACCAGCGGCAGCUGUUUGGAGGAGCUUGCUGAGUGCCUGCCGUCUCUUUGGUAAUGUUCAAAUUGGGAGGUAUGCCGCUGAAAUGGCACUCUUGGAAGAUCCGUCAGACAGUGGCCCUUAUGUAUUACUAUCCAAUAUUUAUGCCUCCAAAGGGCUAUGGGUGGAUGUGCAGCAGCUAAGACUGAGGAUGGAUUAUGCUGGGGCGGUGAAGGAGCCAGGUUAUAGUUGGAUUGAGGUGAUGAAGGAGGUUCAUAUGUUCAUUGCAAGAGGGACAGAACACCCACAGGCAGAAUUGAUAUAUGCAGUAUUGGAUGAACUGACGGGUCUACUAAAGGAUUUUGGCUAUCACCCUGAUAUCUCUGAACUUGCAUUGCUUGGUGAGACUGGUUAGUGCUACUUGCUCAUUGGUCAGCUCUGGGAUGAUGAGGCUGUGAUAUAGUAUUAGUGGCUUUAGAAUUUUACUGUUACUUACAACUGCCAGUUCCAAAACAAUAACCUGACUGGAGUCAUCUUCCGAUGCUGAACCAGAAAUCAAGACUUGAGUCAUCUUCUAUGCAUGAUGCUAGACAAAUAAAAAAAUCAGCAGGUCCUCAGCUCGUGAAUGAUUCCAGAAGCAAGGGGAUGGUUCUGACAAAUUUCGGUCCCAUGUACCUAGAUGCAUGGAUGCGAACAGUGACUUGUAUAGUUCCUGGCAUCAGUAUGAGGUGGUGUACGGUGGUUUUCUUUCAGCACUGAUUAUGCCCUAGGUAGUCUAACAUACCUGGGUACUUCAAACAGCAAAUCCAUUUUAGCCAUCAGUUAUGAUGUGAUGGGCAAGACGUUUUGCUAGAUUAUUCAACUAAGUUGCAUCUUUGUACAUCUGACAAUUUAUUCAGUACUGAAGUAUUCUGCUAGCAUCAUUAGUCAUGACGUUCUGAGACUUCGUCUCUGUUUCAAUAACUUACAGUGAGCUUCUUACUGGUAUGGUGCCUUAUACUCAUCUGAGAGCAGAAGCACAGGUAUUUAAUUGUUCUUUUAUGUUCUUUGUUGGUUGGUUAAAGUGUUCUAUUUUUUAAUGCAAUUUUGAUGUAAAAGUUCAUCUAAUUGAUUACGAGCGGCAAUCAUUCUAUAAUAUAGUUAUUCCAUGAUGCCUAGCAGAAAAGGUUACCAUAAUUUCUUUGCCAUUCGGCUGCAGUUAGAAAUUUAAUUAUUGUGGCUAUUACAACCAGUCUUAUUCCAGUAUGUUGAAAUUUGAUUUACUAUGGAACUUUUUUAAUAUUUAGAUUCAGGUGUAUUUUACUUGGGUUUAUGCAUUUAUUAGUUCUAUACAUAUGUUCAUAUUCACCGUAUUUAACAUGACAAAUCCAUUUUUUCUCUAGAAGUGACCAUUUGCCAUAUUUUUUUAGGCACACACUGUUCUUGAAAUGACUUAUACUGAACAACAACUUACAGCAGCAUUUGUUUCUCAAGCAUCGCCACUGGCGGAGUACGAACUGAAAAAUAGGCAUGACGGAGCUUACUAUAUGCACAAAAAAAAAGAUAACCACCCAUAAACUUGCAGAAACAAGGAAGAAAAAAAUCCAUAAACUUGCAAAAACAGUGAAAAACAUUUAAAAACGUGCACACAGUAGGCUUUGAACCUGCAACGUACACCCCUGUACUAGGAAUGAUUUGCUCCUUUAGUUGGGAGCUACACUGUACUAAUAAGUUUGCUCAGAUCCAGAUAUGGCAAGACCGCAAGAGCCAUACUCCGUCAUAACAGGUCCUCCGCCCCUGAGCAUUGCGUCCAUCACUUGCCCUUCCUCAAUCUGGUGCCCCACCAACUCUUUUGUCACUUAUCCAGCGUUGCUGGGAUCCUUAUCCUGAAAAGAGACCAUCAUUUGAAGACAUAAUUGGUGAGCUAAAUAUAGCUCAAAAGCCUUUAGUUUCAAAUGCUUCCGUUCCAUCAUUUCCUGUGAGCAAGAGUCAAAAUGGCACCAAAGAAGUGCACCGUUAUCAAGAAGCAUCGAACUGUUUCAACCAAGGGGAGCUUUUUGUUAAGAGAUCAUGUAGAUCAGAUCUUAAGAAUCUUUGGUCUGGUUGUUUUGAUCAGUCCUCAGAGUAUCAUCCAACAUUAAAUUGGGGCUCUUUUGCAACAAGUGGUCGAAGGGAAACUAUAGAAGAUACCCAUUUUGUGCCUCCCUUUAUGAGCGAAGAAAAGGAAGUUUUUUCCUUUGGCAUUUUUUAUGGCCACAGAGCAGAUGCUGAAUUUUCUGUCCGAGCAGUCCCUGGAUUUCACAAGCAAUUUGGUCAUGGAGCAAGCCCAACCUACGCUCUUUCAGAAGCAUUUGUAAGGACUGACAUAGCGUUUCGAGAAGAACUAAUUGUUCACCGGAAGUCAAAAAUGAUAAUCCAAAAAAGACUGGCAUCAAGGUUGCACGGCAGUAACAGCCCUGAUAGUGAGAAAUAAGCCUUUUGUAGCAAAUGCUGGUGAUUGCCGAACAAAGACAAAUAAACUUCGUUCGAUUUCCUUUCCUGUAUGCAGGUGAUGGUCUAUGGUAAGCAACGAGGAUGUGCUGUCAUUCUGUAAAUAAUCAAGAGGCUGCAGAGCGGGGCAACAAAGACAAAUAUCACUGUCAAAUCAAAUGUCAUUGUUGUGUUUCUUCGCCCCGUCUACACGUCUGAGCGAAUAUACUCAGCGGGGUGCUUUUGAGGGGAGGAUAUUUUUCUCUGUUAUAUAUACUCCCUUGUUCCCAAAAUCUAAUUCGUUUUAGACUAACCAUACAUUUAUUAAGUAACACAUAAAUAUAGUUGGCAUA